AUGGGUACAAGAACUUUGGUUGUGGGUGGCACGGCCGGCAUCGGUUACGGAUUGGCCUGCCGCAUCGCUGCCGCAAACUCCUCAUCCAGCGUGAUCAUUAGCGGCCGUAGCGAGCCAGACAAGUUGCCUCAUCCUAACAUUGAGUUUCGACCGCUGGAUGCUUCAUCAAUGUGUCAAAUCAAACGGUACACAGACGCCUUCAAGUCAGCUGAAGAGCAGAAAUUGGAUUUCCUCAUCAUGAGCCAAGCUAUCAUGACAACGGCAAGCCGAACGGAAACACCCGAAGGCAUUGACUAUAAGAUGGCGCUGCAUUACUUUGGAAAACAGCUUCUGAUACGGGAACUCUUGCCGGUCUUGCAGCCAAAUGCGAAGAUCAUAAUCGUUCUCGAUGGUAGACUCGGUGACCAUACCAAACUCAACUGGGAUGAUCUCGACCUGAAGAACCAUUUCAGUCUGUCUAAUGCAGCCCAACACUGCAUGGUGAUGAACGAUGCUAUGAUCCAGUAUCAUGCCACGCAACAACUACAACCACAACACGGAACCGGCAAGCGACAUUUCAUGCAUGUUUUCCCGGGUGCUGUCAAGACCAACAUCUGGAAAGGACUCCCAUGGUAUCUGCAGCCUCUUAUGCGCGGUGCCGGAGCUGCUUUGGGGGCCGAUCCACAAGUAUAUGCGCAGAAAUUGCUGGAUAGUGCUGCGAUCUGCGCCACGGAAAGCGAGGCUGAAGGUAGAUUCUGGAGCAAUAUUGACAACAAACAUCGCUUGAUUAGAGACAAAAAUGUCUUCACAGAGGCAGAGAUGGCCAAAAUAGCGGCACAUACGUGGAGCAUAGUUGAUACUGCAAUCCGGAACACCUCCUAG